CUGCAUUUUAUAUUUAUAGUAAUACUAAAAAUUACACAUAUAUGCACAGUACCAUUAUGUCUGUUUCAGAAAAUACAUUGUUUUCGAAGAGUGUGACAGUAUUGCUAAAAGAUUAUGAACAAAGAAAAACAGUAUUAAACAUUGCUGUGUCAUUGAGACCAACAUCAUCUGCUAUUCAUCACAAGGAAUUAUAUGUUCAACUGACUGAUUCAACAGAUCUAUUUUUCUUGCAAACACUGACGUUGAGUGAAGACGAUUUCCAAAACUUAAAGAACCAACAGGGACUGCUGGUUGACUUCUCUGCUUUUCCGCAAAAGUUUAUUGACUUAUUGGAACUAUGCAUCACCGAACAAAACAAUACAGUGCCAAGAUUUCUACUCCAUUUUACAACCUCCAGCCCAUCGCAUGGUGUUUUGGAUGUUGUUGAAACUAAUCCAUUUAAACACUUAGUUCACCUGUCAUUGAAGUUUGUUGUUGGAAACAACGAAGAAAUAAAAAAUUACUUGGCUUUAUGUUUAAAAUCCUUGAAAGAAGAGAAGACUGUGUUAGAAAAAAAUUUUUCAAGCAAAGAAAGUGAACUAUCAAACCGAGUAUCUUCCACCAACCAGAUAUUAGCAGAUAGAACAAGGGAGCUUGAUGAGUUAAAGAUUCAGCUGAGAGAUAAACUGGGCGAGACAACAUCUCAAUUGAACGAACAAGUCAGCAGAGAAAAACAAAACCAAGAGAAGUUGCGACAUUCUUAUGAAGAAAGAUUAAAGAAUGAAAGACUCACAUUUGAUGAGAGAUAUAAUAAAACGGUUCGAGAACUUGAAAACAGGUUGAGAGAGUCACAAACGAAUAACAAGGACUUAACUGAUCAAAAAUACAAAUAUGAAUCACUGAUACGUGAAUUAAAAUCACGUGUUUCAAGUUUGGAAGAGGAAAGACAUGUGACGUCACGCGAUCUUCAAACUUUACGUCGUCAAAAUACAAACCUCGAUUCAGAUCGACACGAGCGUGAUAAAACUUUAAAUCAUCUUCGAACACGUGUUGCUGUGUUAGAACAAGAACUGAAGGAUAAAACACAGGUUAUAAAAAGAACAAAUGAUUUAUUAGAAAGUGCGAAUGAGCAGAAGAGUCGAUUUGAAGUUGAUGUUGAAAAGAAACAGACACAAAUUACCCAGUUGGAAGACACAGUUCGUUCUGUAUCAGCAGAGGUUAUAAAGGGAAAUGAAAUAAUCCAAAAACUACAAACUGAAAUGAAAGCUUUGAAGCCGCGAGUGAAAAUGAUGAACAUCGUGACGACAAAACAGGAACUGUUAAUCGAAGAAAAGGAUUUAAUAUUAUCACAAAAAGAGAAGGAGCACAGAGAGGAUAAAAAUGUAAUAAACAACUUACAAGACCAGCUUGCAGAGAUGAAGAAAAAGAUGGACGAUACAAAUGAAAAACUCAACGAAAGUCAAGAAACUUUAAAGAAUAACGAAAACGUUAUAAACUGGUUGAAUAAGCAAUUAAAUGAACAAACAAUAAACAAGUUAUCAUCAACACACAAUUCGACUUUAUCAACAUCCAAUCAACGCAUCCCAUAUGUUACAAGAACGUCGCCUUCCUCGUUACCCCAGCAGACCAUACCUGGCUAUAAUACAAAAAUGGAAGGUAGCAUACGAACAACCAAUCCAGUAACUGCAAUUCCACCCAGACUGGCACAGCAAGCUGGAAUUCCGUAUCGUCCGAUUUUGAAGAAACCUCAGUUCGAGCCUGAUAAUAUCAGCCCCAUCGUUUCUCAACUGAGAAAUCCUCUUCGACCGAAGCAGAUGUCCACUCCUGUUAUAAAUGAGGAAUCGGAACCCGUGUUAGAUCCGAAAUACCUCAUGCGGAAAAAACCUGAGACUAAAUCGAAUCCAUCCAACAUAGAUGAAAAUACGGACCCGAAUUUGCAACAAAACAAUUCGGACAAUAUAAAUCCUCGCGGGGCAAAACCAUUUGUUUUACCAUCUUCUUAUUUUCCAACUCAAAAAGGUAGUACUUGAUUAAAAAAUACACGGUGGUACUGGUGUGUGGCAGUUACACGGUGACGAUUGUCUGUCGCCGUAUCACAGUGGUAAUGAUUACUGACAAGAAGUUACACGGUGGUAAGGUUUGUGACAAUUGUAUGGCUGUAGUAAUGAUUAGUGGCGUUAUUACCCACCGUGGCAAUUACCCAGCGGUAUUUAGAACUAUGACUAAAAGUUAUACUCCAAGAAACGAUAUUUUUAUCAUGUAUCUUAGAAAAUUAUUUUUUUAACUCAAGAAUGAUGUGGAUCAGGUGACUUUGGAAUCUGACUGUUCGUUCCAAUUGAAAUCAAUUCAACUUUUCUUUCAGACAAGAACGGAAACAAAUUAAGACAACAGAAGAAUAAUUAGUCAAUAGUAAUUAGCCAUUUCCUGUUCACAUCUUUUAGUGGAAUUUCAUAACAAUUGUUUAUACUUUAUUGUAUAC